AUGCGCGCCGCGGCCUUCUUGCCGCUUCUUGGGUUUGCAAUACCGUUCACAGAUGGUCAGCCCAUUUCGUCACAUGGUACCAACGUUUUUGAAACCAUGGGGCUGGCCUCGACGCUCUGGCCUAUUGCCUUCGCCGCCGUUCUUGGGUCCCUGGCUCGAGCAAUAGCGCUCUAUAAAGCUGAGAAAGGAACAAAGCUUGGUACAAUUGGGGUGCUCCUUGGUAGCCAAACUCUCAUGAACACACUGACCAAUGCCGUAUCUCUUCGAAUCCUUUCUCUUUGGGUUUUACUAUUGUCUAUUUUAUGGACGUUUAGCCCGGCUGGCGGUCAAGCGGUCCUCCGAGCCAUCCGUGUUACGUCCGUUGCCGAAGUCCGAGACUAUGACUUGAUGUACAGUCCUAGGGCCGACAUUGGGAUCCCCUUUAACGAUGCUCUCUGGGUAAGCAUUGGUAUUCGAAGCCCCCGGCUCAGCCAUAUCUACCCCAUAUUCGGCGCAGCGCUCUCUGCACCGGGCUCUUUAGGCCAGGCUGCGAACGGAACGAGUGCUGUCUUCAAUGACGCAGUGCAGCAGCUUGGUGGGGCGGAAGCCGCGAGCUUAUUGGCAACAAGAGAUCUUUGGGGAAAUAUGCGGGUUCCUCAGAUUACUUCUCUGCCAGGGUACCAUUUAGCAAAACCAUAUGAAUGGGUAGAUGUUCCGAGAGAUCAGCUGGUGACCUACGAGUCUCUAAUUGGUAUCCCGAUCCGGGGUUUGCCUUUAGGGUCGCCUGGAAACUUGACUGUACAAAUAUCAGCCACGUAUGUCGCCCUCGAGUGCUCUCCCUGGUUCAACACAACCGAGUGGCUACUAGCUAUUCCUGGUGGAUUGUAUAUGGACAAAAGAACCCCGAAAAACUUAUCCAGCAGCAGUCUUUAUGAGAUGAGGAAUGGUAGGGCUCAUUUUUAUAUGGACGUACCCGCUCCUGAUAGUGGCUUCAACUUUUCCGCCAAAGCUAUCACCAGUAGAGGGCCCAUAACACGAGGAACCCUGGUUUUUGGAAAUAACCAUAACAGCACCGUCUGCGAUAUCAACCACAUCCAUGUUGACGUCGACGCUGUAUGUGAACGAUCAAACAACUUUGAGCGAAUGGUGUGCAGAGCCAACAGAAUCCGCCAUUCUCCAUCUCAACCGAUUUCAAAACCCGAUGACCAGCUAUUGCCAGAUUUCAGCCAUGGCCCAGCUGUAUUCAUCUCGGAUCUUCCAUCGCUUGCGCCUACUUGGUAUGUUGGACGCUUUUCGCCUUUGGAGAGUUAUCUUGCCGAUCCGGCGCAGGGCAUUACCCUCACCGCCGAUUAUAUUACCGAUCAAUUUACCAAGCUACCAUUAGCCGUGUUCUCUGAACGCCUAUCCCUACUCAUUAAUACUGCCCUGUGGGCUUCUUGGUCUACUGCUUCGGUGUUGAACAUCGACAUGGCAAAUAUCACAUCUGAGACAGAAUUACUGGGGAACGUGUACGGGAACACAACGGGCCAGUUUACCUCGACCAUGGAAGUCUACCAGAUUCAAAAAGCGUGGAUGGUAUUAUUCAUCUUGUCUCUGGCAAUCAUGUUCGCAGCUGCAGCAGGUACUAUCGCCUUGAGACUGAUGAUUCGGGCACCAGAUUUUCUCACACAUGUCGCCGCUUUGACACGAGAUUCUAAGCACAUGAGCAUGACGCCGGGAGGAAGCACACUGAGUGGCGAAGAAAGAGCGCGGCUACUGAAAGACGUGCCGUUAAAGAUCAGAGACGUACAGCCAGACGAAUCUGUUGGGUAUAUUGCUCUUUCAGAUGAGCUUGAUGAAGGGGCUGCUGGUGGACUGGGCCAAGAUGGCAGAGUAUACAAGUAA